AUGAGAAGUUAAGACAAUUCAAAAUUAAAUAUAAGUCUUCAAAUUAAAGAGAAUAGUUUUAUUAAAGGACGUAAAUUAGACUCUUUUACUAAUACUCCUUUAGUUAUCAAUUCUCGAGAACAUCCUUAAUAUGGAAAUAUAAUCAAACAAGAAGAAAAUGAUAUAAUGUUAGCAAAUUUGAUUAAUCGUCCGACUAAAGUUAAAAAUAAAAAGAAAAAAAAGAAGAAAGCUUUAAAUACUAAACUUAGUGCACCUUUAACUAAAAUAUCAUAAGAAAAAAUAGAAAAACCUACUAAAACUAAAAAGGUUCUUAAUACUAGUAUGAAUAAACUUUAAAAAUAAAAAAAAGUUCAUACUCUUCAUAAUCUUCACACAGCUCCUUUAUUUAAUUGGGGAGUCAAUUAAGAAAGAUUAAAAAAUUAUUUUUUAAAUGAAUAAAUGAAAUAAAGAAAUGUUUAAGAAACUAUGUUAAAAAGAAUCAAUAAAACUGAUUAAGAUAUUAAACAAAGAAGAGAUUAACUUGGAAUUUCUUUCUUAAAUAAUAUCUCUUUAGAUAAAUUCAUUAAAAGAAAAAGUAAAAAAUUAUUAUUUAUAUCAUCUAGAAUUAAAUAAAUCAUUAACUCCAACUUAAAAGGAUUUAAAAAAACAAAAAAUUUAAAUCAAUCAAGAAGAAAUAAGAAAAUACAAGGAGUUUAAACAAAAAAUGAUAAUGAUAGCAAAAUAAGAAUCGAAAAAAAAAGAAUAUGAGAGAUAAUUCAAAAUUCAUUAAAAUUUAUAGAAUCUUAAUAAUUAUAUAAGAACAAGAAAUAGAAGUCUUUCAGUAGGAGAUACAAAAUAAAGAAGAAAAAAUAGAACCACAUCAACUUAUGGAAUUAUUUAUGAAGAUUAAAAAGAAAAUAUUAUAUCAGAUAGAUGUCAAUAAACUAAAAAGAGAAAGGUUUUAUUGUAAUUUAAAAAUAAAUAAGAUAAAUUUAAGUUAGUAUAAUCAUCAAAUCAUGAAUCAAUGAGAUUGCCUUGCUCAUCAAUAUAUUAAUAUAUGAGCAAUUCUAGUAGUGCAAAUAUUCCAAAUGAAAGUGAUCCUGAAUAAGAUUUUGUUAAUUUUGAUAAUAGUUUUUAUAGUUAAAAGCUCAUAACUUUAGGAGAAGAAAAAGAUGAAAUAAUGAGUUCAUAGAGAGAUUGGGAUGAAUAAGAUAUUAAAGAAAUUGAAGAGAUUAGAUCAAUAGAAUAAGCUGCAAGUAAAUAUAGUGAAAAAAGACAAAAAUCUUAAACAGAUGAAUAAGCAGCUAUAAAAAUUUAAAAAGUUUGGAGAAGAUAUAAAACAAGAUAAAUAUUAAGUUACUAUUAGGAUUAUUUUAAAAAAGAAGAGGAAUAAGCUGAAUUUAAUUUAAAUGAUUUACAUUAAAGCUAAAUUUAGGAAUUGAUAAAAAUGGGAUAUAUAAAGGUUGAUUCUAAAGGAAAAAUUUAACUUAUUGAGUAGGAUUAAAGUGAAAAAUCUUCUAAAUCUUCUAAAACUUCAAUAUAGAAUUAAAAAUAAAAAUUAAAAAUUUAGAAAGAUGAUGUAUCUUAAGUUUAAAAAUAAAUUUUUGAUGCUCAUGCUUAUUAAGAUUAUAUUGAAGGUUUUAGUGAUUCAAUAGAUAGUGAAGGAAAAAUAAGUACAGAGAAAAAAUAAUUCUUAUCAGCAAUUUCAGAAUAGUAAGAAAUGGAAAAUUGUAGGGAAAGCACAGAAAAGAAUUCAUUAAUAUUAAUGAAUUAAUAAAUAACAUUUAAAAAGAAAAAGAGAUUAUCAAUCGAUGUUGAUGAAAUUGAAAAAGAAUAUUAAAAUUAAUAAUAGGUAGAUAUAGGAGAAAUAAGAUGUGCUAUUGGUUCUGAAUCUCUAAUUAAAAGUUUAUCUUAAGAAGAUUAGACAUUUAAUUAAGAGAAGAGUAUUUUUGAAUAAUCUUCUUUCUAGGAUUUUGUUCAGCUUAAAUUUAAAGAAUUGAUGUCAAGAGAUAAAAUGGAUGAACUUAUAGCAAUGAGAGAAAAAGUAUUGGAAGAAAGACUAAAAUAAUAAAGUAAAACAAUAAAUGAAGCCUAUUAAAAUAAAUAGAUUUCUCCAAAGACUUAUGAUUAAUAGAAUAGAAAACUUGAAAAGUGGGUAACUAAAUAAAGAAAGGAUUUGGAAAAGAAGAAAAAUGAAAUUAUAAAAGGACAACAAAGUACAUAUGAUACUGUGAUGAAGACUUAAAGAGAUCUUUUAUUUAUGAAAUAAAUUUCAUAAUCUAAUUCUCAAUCUUACAUAAAAAUUAUUGAUAGUUUUAGUUAAGAAUCUGUGUUGUAUUCAGAAUAAUCAUUAAGAAAUAGUAUAAUAGAUAUCCAAAAUUAGAAUCUCCAAUAGUUAUAAUAAUAGUUACCUCAGAAAACUUCUUUAUUAAGUGAAGAAGAUCUCAGCAAAUCAUAAAAUUUUGAUGAUGAAGUGAUCUUUUAAAAUAACUCAAGUCCUUCUAAUCAAUAAUUUGCAGAUUAUGAACCAGAACCAUUUAAUUUAUAAUAAUUUGCAUAAUCUUAAGUAUUAAGAGUUUCAGAUAUAGUUAGAGAUUAGUCUAAAAUAUCUGAGAAAUAAGCAGAAUCAUAUUCUAUUUUAAUUUCUAAUAUGUUAAUAGUUUAAGAAAUUUAAUUAUUAUGUCAAGAACUUGGAAGACAUAAUAUAGAUAUUUUUGAAUUGAUUGCUAAAGCUUAAAUAAAUAGGCCAUCAUCUUAAUUAUAAACUUCUUAUGAUACAAAUUAACCUAAAGGUUUCAAGACAGGAAUUCCAUAAAUAAAGAGUUAUUUAACUCAUUUAACAGAAUUUAUGCUUUAUAAUUUUAAAGAUGAAGUAUUGACUAAAAUAAAUGUUCCAUUAGGACCAUCUUCAAAAGAUAUGUUAAGAUUCUUACAUCCUGUUUCUGAUUCAACCAUAAUUUCAGAUGAAGAAAGUAAUUAAAAUGAAAAUUACUUGUAAAAUAUUAUUAUGACAGCAGAAUUAUUUGAAACUUUUGAAAGAUUCUUAAUAAAUGAAUAAAUUUUAAAAAGUUAAACUUCUUAAUUACUUGAAUUGGAACAUAUUCAUAAUAAAGCAAUUUUCGAUGCUUUAAAUGAAGCUUUAGAUUAUUAUAGACCUUAUGGAAUGGCAGGAUAACCUUAUGUUUGGAAAUGUGAUGCUGCUAGAUUAUAAUUUCGUAAAAAAUCAUUAGAUGAAAUGCCAAACAUAAUUAAAUCUAGUUUAGAUAAAGUUUUAGAAUGGUGUCAUUAUUUAGUUGGCUUUUUAAUUGAUAAAGAGGAUUGUCCAUAUCCAAAAAUGCUAAUGUUUGAUCAAGAAUGUUUAGCACAAAUUAAAGAAGAUAGAAUGAUUAGAAUGCUUUCUGCAGAAGUAUUAUUUUAAUUUUAUACUUUAGGUUUAAGAAAAUGAAGAUAGAUGGAUCAGUUACGAUGAAGAAUAUACUGUUGUUGCAAUUGACUUAUCUGAUUUGAUUUUUGAUCAUUUACUUGAAGAAUUACUUUAAGAUAUUCAUUGA